GCGCGACGCAGGAGCCACUACUUCCGGACUGUUUCCGCCGCUGCGGACUGUCGCUCAGCUCGUGCACAGAAACACGAGGCGUGGAAGGUGUACGCGAUGAACACCGAGAACUUCACCCUGAGCGAGAAGAUCGUGUCGGCCUCCUACGUUCGACAGGGCUCUCAGGCGCGACGCGGCCACGAGCAGCUCAUCAGACUCUUGCUGGAGCAGGGCAAGUGUCCGGAGGAGGGAUGGAGCGAGAGCACCGUAGAGCUCUUCCUGAACGAGCUGGCUGUGAUGGACAGCAACAACUUCCUGGGCAACUGUGGAGUGGGGGAGAGGGAAGGCCGGGUGGCGUCCAGCCUUGUGGGGAGACGACAUUACAGGUUGAUCCAUGGCAUCGGUCGGUCGGGUGACAUCGCCGCCAUUCAGCCCAAAGCGGCAGGAUCCAGUCUGCUGAACAAGCUGACCAACUCAGUCGUGUUGGACAUCUUAAAGCUCACAGGUGUGCGCAGUGUGGCAAGCUGCUUUGUCGUCCCGAUGGCAACAGGCAUGAGCUUGACCCUGUGCUUCCUGACCCUUCGUCAUCGGAGGCCCAAGGCUCGCUACAUCAUUUGGCCUCGCAUCGACCAGAAGUCCUGCUUCAAAGCCAUGAUCACAGCAGGUUUUGAACCGGUGGUGGUGGAGAACGUGCUUGAAGGCGACGAGUUGCGCACCGACCUGGAAGCAGUCGAGCGGAAGGUGGAGGAGCUUGGCGCCGACAACAUCCUGUGUGUCCAUUCGACAACGUCCUGCUUCGCCCCGCGAGUCCCCGACAGGCUGGAGGAGCUGGCCACGAUAUGUGCCAAAUACAACAUCCCCCACAUAGUUAACAAUGCGUAUGGCGUGCAGUCGUCCAAAUGCAUGCACCUUAUACAACAGGGGGCUCGUGUUGGGAGAAUCGAUGCCUUUGUACAGAGCUUGGACAAGAACUUCAUGGUACCAGUAGGUGGCGCCAUAAUAGCAGGGUUCGAUGAGUCCUUUGUACAGGAGAUAAGUCAGAUGUACCCAGGUCGAGCCUCGGCCUCGCCCUCCCUUGACGUCCUCAUCACCCUUCUGACUCUGGGAGCCAGCGGCUACAAGAAACUCCUGUCAGAAAGAAAGGAGAUUUAUUUGCUCCUGGCCCAGGAGCUGAAGAGUAUGGCCUCUGCACACGGGGAGAGAUUGCUUCACACACCACAUAACCCCAUUUCACUGGCCAUGUCUUUGGAUGGUCUCCAGGCCGACAGCGACAAAGCAGUGACUCAGCUGGGCUCCAUGUUGUUCACCCGGCAAGUGUCCGGGGCCAGGGUAAUACCGCUGGGCAAGGAGCAGACCAUAAGCGGCCACACGUUCCACGGCUUCAUGUCGCACUCGGACUCGUACCCCUGCCCCUACCUCAACGCUGCCUCUGCUGUGGGCAUCACCCGAGAAGAUGUGACGCUGUGCAUCAAGCGGCUCGACAAGUGCCUGAAGACCCUGAGGAAAGAGUCCAAUGUGGCCAAGAGCAGCUCCGUGGCGCCCCCAUCCCGCUGUGACGACACACCGGGAGAAUGACGAAAACGACAACAUUUCCAGACGUACACAAAAGCCAUUUUUAGUCAUGAUGGAGUAUUGGGCCCUGCCUUUCACACAUUAACUACUCAGCAGGACAUUCUCAGACGUGUCCACAACAGCAAAGGAAUCUCGGGAUCGUCAGGCGAGUUGUGACGCAGCAGGCAGAGGCAGGAUGAAACAAUUAUCUAUCAAUUCUACUGCAGACAUCGCUUGUUUUUGUUUAUAGCACAUCUAAAGCUCUUUUGACAUGCUGGCUGCAGAAAGCCCGGAGCCUCUCAUUGCACGUCUGGAAGCGUCUUGAGGGCUUUUUGCUUAGUGUGAGCCUCUUGUGCCUGCGCUAACUGUGCAUGGUGAGACACUGUAAGAAGGUCAAAGAUAUGAGCUCAGCAGCGAUGAGACUGUGCAGGUGUUGUUAAAAAAAAAAAAAACACAAGCUGUUGUCGCUGAAUAAUUCCUGUUCUGUGGAGGUGGACUAGUCAGCUGUUGUAAGGACAUGAUCUGCAUCCAAAUGCUUGACUCAAAAGCAGGGUCAUGCCACCGAUCUAAAAUUAGAACUAAACGUCUGCAAAGAUGUCAAAACAACUCUAAAACUGUUUGUCAAUCAUAUUAUAUUGAAUAUAAUAUUCAAUAAACCAUUUUGAACUGUG